AUGGAUACGGCUUGGCAGCAUUUUCUCUUCCUGCUUCUAUUGGUCGAGGUCGGCCGGGCUUCCUCUUCGUGUGUCGCCGGGUGCUCCUGUUCCAACGAUACAUUCGGCAGAACACUGCUUUGCAUGUCAUCUUCCCUCAGAAGAAUACCGGAAGACAUCCCUUCAGACAUUCGCAAAAUUAGAAUCGAAAAAUGCCAUCUGACGGAGUUGUCCAGAGGCUCAUUUGGUGGGAUCAGCAGCUUGGAGCACCUAUGGCUUAACUUUAACAACAUCACUGUCAUGCACCUGAAAAGCCUGGAAGAUGUCAAGAGUCUGAAGGAGCUUCGGCUACAAGGGAACAAGCUGAGGUCCAUCCCGUGGACGGCAUUUCAAAAUACCCCCGGCCUGAAAAUCUUGGACUUGAAACAUAACAGGUUGGAUGUCCUCCCUGAGCAUGCGUUGAGGUUCCUGGCAAACCUGACCUACUUAGACUUAUCCUUCAAUCAGCUUACCAUCAUCUCCAGAGACGUCUUUUACAACUGGCCUCUGUACCAGACGGCUUAUGGAUCAGAAGGCAGAGCAGAAGCCCGUUCCAGUGCUGUCCUAGCUUUACAUGACAACCCGUGGACGUGCGACUGCCGUCUGAGGGGUUUCGUCGGCUUUGUCAAGUCUCUGAGCCCCCCUAUAAUACUGAUGAACCCCUAUUUAGUGUGCGCGAGUCCAGAUUCCAAGGCAGGAAAGUCCUUCCAUGAGGUGGAACUAAAUGAAUGCACGAAGCCAGUGAUCUCGGCAGCGGUCACCAACGUCACCGUCCACGUGGGACACAAUGCCACCUUAACAUGUCUGGUGAAAGCAGCUCCUGCACCAUCUAUAUGGUGGACCCAUGGGAAAAAGAUCAUUAAAGCAUUUAAUGUAUCUACCGUUGACGAAGAGACCAUUAAAUCAGAAAUGGCGAUCCCUUCCGUGAGCCCUACAGAUGCAGGAACAUACAACUGCGUAGCCACAAAUUUCCUGGGCAACGCUUCCACGUCAAUAUUUCUGAGCGUUCAGUCUCCAAAAGCAGAAGAUCCAUCGACAUUCCAGGCCUACUCCGUCCCGCCAUCUUCUUCCGAGGAGAACGUUUUCAUAGAUGUUAGAAUUUCCAAACAGACUGUCUACGGAAUCGCCUUGGAAUGGUUCGCAGCGACGGAGAACCCGUCGGAAACCUGGUACACCAUCUACUUUGGCCGGUACGAUGACGCGGACAAGGACGUGAUAAAUAUCGGCCCCGGCAUUUAUACCUACUCGGUGAACGAUUUGUCGCCGGCCACCAAAUACGAAGUGUGUAUCACCUUGAAGAGUCAACCCCCUAGGAAGGGCCAGUGCAUUGUGUUCAUGACAGGAAGUGACAUCAGUGAACUGGAACAAAGAGAGAAGCUCAUUCACAUAAUCGUGAUUGUGUGCGCCAUGGUGCUGGCGGUGCCCGCCGGGAUGUACGCGUGUACCACCGAGACAAGGUUCAACUGCUUGGAGAAGUGCGUAGGGCUUUGCAGGCAGAAACGUAAGGCCCAAAAAACUCUUCGGAAAGAGAACACCAAAGAAAGCACCUUCGACAGUCUACAGGCCAGCAGCGAGGAGGGUCUGUGCCACCGCGAAACCAACGACGAGAAUCGGAGAAGGAGGUGUUCGGAAGAAAAAAUAAACAAGGCCAAACCAGACAACAGGAAUCCGGCAGAACUUUAUUAAAAGCCGUGGCUUUUACGUCCUCGGGACUUAUUGGU